UGCAAAUUCAGCCAGUCGGCGUAGGGCGUGCAUGUCAACAUGCGUCAACAGUACACUCCUACCCCGUUGCUACCCUUUGUAGGAGCCGUCGAGUCGCUCCUGCCACAGCCGAAAUGCCUCCCCCCAAACCCCUCGCCGCAGCAACGUCAGCCAUCCACGCCGACGACCGCAUAAACGUCCUGACCGACGUCGCGCCCGCCAUCCACACCUCGACCACUUUCCGCUACCCCGGCAAUGCCGCCGACCUGCAACCUGUCCCCUCAGACGCCGAGUUCGUCGACCUCCAGACACCGCUCGUGUAUUCCCGCCUCGCCUCUUCCAAUAUCAACCGCCUGGAAACAAUCCUUGCUCCACUAUUGUAUCCCGCCGCUGAAGAGGGGGAACUGGAAGAGCUGAGCAAUCAUGUCGUCAGCUACAGUAGUGGCUUGAGCGCUUUUCACGCGCUGCUGGUUAAUGAGGUGCCAAAGGUCAUUGCGAUAUCGGGGGGUUAUCAUGGUUGCCAUGGGGUUAUCGGGUUGCAUACUAAAAUGCACGGUAUGAAAACGGUGGGCUUGCACGCGGACGAUGCAGCAUGGGAUGCGGCGGGUCUUGGAAAUGGCGAUAUCGUGCACCUCGAGACACCGCUCAAUCCCACAGGCGAAGCCUAUGACAUCGCCAAGUAUGCGGAGAGAGCGCAUAAGAGAGGUGCCUUACUAAGCGUCGAUGCCACAUUUGGGCCGCCAGGCCUUCAGGACCCCUUCGCAUGGGGUGCAGACGUCGUAAUGCAUAGUGGAACGAAGUACAUUGGGGGUCAUAGCGAUAUGCUGUGCGGCAUCCUGGCUACGAACAAGGGCGAGGAGGGGCUGAAGAGGGCCAAGGUCCUGAGGGCGGAGAGGAUUUUCCUGGGCAGUGUGUUGGGGAGUCUGGAGGGCUGGUUGGGUGUGCGCAGUCUACGCACGCUGGAUCUGCGUGUCCGACGACAAUCUUCUAACGCGACAAAUCUUGUGGCUUGGCUCAACGACGCCCUCAACGACAAAGGAAAUGACGCAGAGAUCGUGCGGAAAGUGCUAUCUAAGGUCACCCACGCGAGUCUGCAAGAGAAAGACAUGGACUGGUUGAAGCAGCAAAUGCCCUCCGGCUUCGGCCCUGUCUUCGCCUUCUACACGCACACUUCCCGGCAAGCCCGGCAACUCCCAUCCUUGUUGCGGCUCUUCCACCACGCAACAAGUUUGGGUGGUGUGGAGAGCUUGAUUGAGUGGCGCAGGAUGUCGGAUUCGGAUGUCGACGAGAGGCUGCUGAGAGUGAGCGUUGGCGUUGAGAGUUGGGAGGAUCUUAGGGACGACCUGCUACAAGCGUUCGGGAAGCUGGCGCAUGGGGCGAGUGAGGUGGGGAGUGGUGAUGGGGUUACGAUGGAGGUGCAGGUUGGUGGGGAUGCUGCACAGUCUAGGGCCGUUGCUGAUGGUGCUAUAUAGGACUGUGGUUCUGAAGGAGGUCUGGUAAGAUAUCCACGACAAGUAGCUUGCGCAACAUCUCAUCCUCUCGUUCGCAGUCGGGCCUGAUCUCAUUCCUAAUGCCAAACCAUUUGCCUAAUGCCAGACAGCUA